GACAUCUCCAUGGUCUUCAUUACAGAGGGAGAUCUCCAUGGUCUUUUCAUUACAGAGGGACAUCUCCAUGGUCUUUUCAUUACAGAGGGACAUCUCCAUGGUCUUCAUUGCAGAGGGACAUCUCCAUGGUCUUUUCAUUACAGAGGGACAUCUCCAUGGUCUUCAUUGCAGAGGGACAUCUCUAUGGUCUUUUCAUUACAGAGGGACAUCUCCAUGGUCUUUUCAUUACAGAGGGACAUCUCCAUGGUCUUUUCAUUACAGAGGGACAUCUCCAUGGUCUUCAUUGCAGAGGGACAUCUCCAUGGUCUUUUCACUACAGAGGGACAUCUCCAUGGUCUUCAUUACAGAGGGACAUCUCCAUGGUCUUUUCAUUGCAGUGGGACAUCUCCAUGGUCUUUUCAUUGCAGUGGGACAUCUCCAUGGUCUUUUCAUUACUGAGGGACAUCUCCAUGGUCUUCAUUGCAGAGGGACAUCUCCAUGGUCUUCAUUGCAGAGGGACAUCUCCAUGGUAUUUUCAUUACAGAGGGACAUCUCCAUGGUCUUCAUUACAGAGGGACAUCUCCAUGGUCUUUUCAUUACAGAGGGACAUCUCCAUGGUCGUUUCACUACAGAGGGACAUCACCAUGGUCUUCAUUACAGAGGGACAUCUCCAUGGUCUUUUCAUUGCAGUGGGACAUCUCCAUGGUCUUUUCAUUGCAGUGGGACAUCUCCAUGGUCUUCAUUACAGAGGGACAUCUCCAUGGUCUUUUCAUUACAGAGGAACAUCUCCAUGGUCGUUUCACUACAGAGGGACAUCUCCAUGGUCUUCAUUACAGAGGGACAUCUCCAUGGUCUUUUCAUUGCAGUGGGACAUCUCCAUGGUCUUUUCAUUACAGAGGGACAUCUCCAUGGUCUUCAUUACAGAGGGACAUCUCCAUGGUCUUUUCAUUACAGAGGGACAUCUCCAUGGUCUUUUCGCUACAGAGGGACAUCUCCAUGGUCUUCAUUACAGAGGGACAUCUCCAUGGUCUUUUCAUUACAGAGGGACAUCUCCAUGGUCUUCAUUACAGAGGGACAUCUCCAUGGUCUUUUCAUUACAGAGGGACAUCUCCAUGGUCUUUUCGCUACAGAGGGACAUCACCAUGGUCUUCAUUACAGAGGGACAUCUCCAUGGUCUUUUCAUUACAGAGGGACAUCUCCAUGGUCUUCAUUGCAGAGGGACAUCUCCAUGGUCUUUUCAUUACAGAGGGACAUCUCCAUGGUCUUUUCACUACAGAGGGACAUCUCCAUGGUCUUCAUUACAGAGGGACAUCUCCAUGGUCUUUUCAUUACAGAGGGACAUCUCCAUGGUUUUUUCACUACAGAGGGACAUCUCCAUGGUCUUCAUUACAGAGGGACAUCUCCAUGGUCUUUUCAUUACAGAGGGACAUCUCCAUGGUUUUUUCACUACAGAGGGACAUCUCCAUGGUCUUCAUUACAGAGGGAGAUCUCCAUGGUCUUUUCAUUACAGAGGGACAUCUCCAUGGUCUUUUCAUUACAGAGGGACAUCUCCAUGGUCUUCAUUGCAGAGGGACAUCUCCAUGGUCUUUUCAUUACAGAGGGACAUCUCCAUGGUCUUCAUUGCAGAGGGACAUCUCUAUGGUCUUUUCAUUACAGAGGGACAUCUCCAUGGUCUUUUCAUUACAGAGGGACAUCUCCAUGGUCUUUUCAUUACAGAGGGACAUCUCCAUGGUCUUCAUUGCAGAGGGACAUCUCCAUGGUCUUUUCACUACAGAGGGACAUCUCCAUGGUCUUCAUUACAGAGGGACAUCUCCAUGGUCUUUUCAUUGCAGUGGGACAUCUCCAUGGUCUUUUCAUUGCAGUGGGACAUCUCCAUGGUCUUUUCAUUACUGAGGGACAUCUCCAUGGUCUUCAUUGCAGAGGGACAUCUCCAUGGUCUUCAUUGCAGAGGGACAUCUCCAUGGUAUUUUCAUUACAGAGGGACAUCUCCAUGGUCUUCAUUACAGAGGGACAUCUCCAUGGUCUUUUCAUUACAGAGGGACAUCUCCAUGGUCGUUUCACUACAGAGGGACAUCUCCAUGGUCUUCAUUACAGAGGGACAUCUCCAUGGUCUUUUCAUUGCAGUGGGACAUCUCCAUGGUCUUUUCAUUGCAGUGGGACAUCUCCAUGGUCUUUUCAUUACUGAGGGACAUCUCCAUGGUCUUCAUUGCAGAGGGACAUCUCCAUGGUCUUCAUUGCAGAGGGACAUCUCCAUGGUAUUUUCAUUACAGAGGGACAUCUCCAUGGUCUUUUCACUACAGAGGGACAUCUCCAUGGUCUUCACUACAGAGGGACAUCUCCAUGGUCUUUUCAUUACAGAGGGACAUCUCCAUGGUCCUUUCAUUACAGAGGGACAUCUCCAUGGUCUUCAUUGCAGAGGGACAUCUCCAUGGUCUUUUCACUACAGAGGGACAUCUCCAUGGUCUUUUCAUUACAGAAGGACAUCUCCAUGGUCUUGUCACUACAGAAGGACAUCUCCAUGGUCUUGUCACUACAGAAGGACAUCUCCAUGGUCUUUUCAUUACAGAGGGACAUCUCCAUGGUCUUUUCAUUACAGAGGGACAUCUCCAUGGUCUUUUCAUUACAGAGGGACAUCUCCAUGGAUAAACUGAAACAAUACAGUCAGAGAAGAUGACAAGGACAAUGAAGGGGGGAGAGGAAAAAGUCAACUUGCAGAGGGUAGUUUCUGUGAGUCGGGAUGGGAUAUUGGUGUGGAGAAUGAUGAAUGGUGGUCAGUAUGGGAGAGAGUAUGUACGGGUGAGAGGCAGACAGAGGGACAGCGAGAGAGUGAGACAGAGUAAGAGCGAGAGAGCAGUGUGUGUGACAGAGAGUGAUGGUUGUGUAUUGUCUGUGCGUGGCCCAUGUGAGGUAGUUGAGGUACAGCGAUGUCCAAUCUCGUGGUUGAGCAACAUUUGCACUGGGGUCAGGAAGCAGUGAAGGAGAGGAGAAAAAAGGAAAGCAAGCGAGAGAGACGCCCUUCUCCUCCCAUUCUUAUAUAACCAUGUGGCAUUCUUCCCCUCUUUUCUCUCUCUCUCCCUGAAUGAUAAAUCAUCAACAACUGUGGGCUCCGAGAGCGAUGUUCUCCAGUGGACUCAAGUAUGUGACCCUGAAACUCAAGUUGGGGGAUUUCUUUAACUGAAGCAGAAGACAUUUCCUAUCUGUAGUCAAGGGUAAAUGAGCUCACGUUAACUGACCUGCCAGCAUCUUAAUAUACCAGUGUUAUUCUAGGAAUAAUAAUCACAAUAACAGCUUCAUAGCCAAAGGACCAAUAUCAAGCUCUAGAGAGGCAAGGUUUCUCACAAUCCUAGAGACAAGGUUUCUCACAAUCCUAGAGACAAGGUUUCUCACAAUCCCAGAGACAAGGUUUCUCACAAUCCUAGAGACAAGGUUUGUUACAAUCCUCGAGACAAGGUUUGUCACAAUCCUCGAGACAAGGUUUGUCACAAUCCUAGAGACAAGGUUUCUCACAAUCCUAGAGACAAGGUUUCUUACAAUCCUAGAGACAAGGUUUCUCACAAUCCUAGAGACAAGGUUUCUCACAAUCCUAGAGACAAGGUUUCUCACAAUCCUAGAGACAAGGUUUCUCACAAUCCUAGAGACAAGGUUUCUCACAAUCCUAGAGACAAGGUUUCUUACAAUCCUAGAGACAAGGUUUCUUACAAUCCUAGAGACAAGGUUUCUCACAUUCCUAGAGACAAGGUUUCUUACAAUCCUAGAGACAAGGUUUCUCACAAUCCUAGAGACAAGGUUUCUCACAAUCCUAGAGACAAGGUUUCUCACAAUCCUAGAGACAAGGUUUCUCACAUUCCUAGAGAGACAAGGUUUCUCACAAUCCUAGAGACAAGGUUUCUCACAAUCCUAGAGACAAGGUUUCUCACAAUCCUAGAGACAAGGUUUCUUACAAUCCUAGAGACAAGGUUUCUCACAAUCCUAGAGACAAGGUUUCUCACAAUCCUAGAGACAAGGUUUCUCACAUUCCUAGAGAGACAAGGUUUCUCACAUUCCCAGAGACAAGGUUUCUCACAAUCCUAGAGACAAGGUUUCUCACAAUCCUAGAGACAAGGUUUCUCACAUUCCUAGAGACAAGGUUUCUCACAAUCCUAGAGAGACAAGGUUUCUCACAAUCCUAGAGACAAGGUUUCUCACAAUCCUAGAGACAAGGUUUCUCACAAUCCUAGAGACAAGGUUUCUCACAUUCCUAGAGAGACAAGGUUUCUCACAUUCCCAGAGACAAGGUUUCUCACAAUCCUAGAGACAAGGUUUCUCACAAUCCUAGAGACAAGGUUUCUUACAAUCCUAGAGACAAGGUUUCUUACAAUCCUAGAGACAAGGUUUCUCACAAUCCUAGAGACAAGGUUUCUCACAAUCCUAGAGACAAGGUUUCUCACAAUCCUAGAGACAAGGUUUCUCACAUUCCUAGAGACAAGGUUUCUUACAAUCCUAGAGACAAGGUUUCUUACAAUCCUAGAGACAAGGUUUCUCACAAUCCUAGAGACAAGGUUUCUCACAAUCCUAGAGACAAGGUUUCUCACAAUCCUAGAGACAAGGUUUCUCACAAUCCUAGAGACAAGGUUUCUUACAAUCCUAGAGACAAGGUUUCUCACAAUCCUAGAGACAAGGUUUCUCACAAUCCUAGAGACAAGGUUUCUCACAAUCCUAGAGACAAGGUUUCUCACAAUCCUAGAGACAAGGUUUCUCACAAUCCUAGAGACAAGGUUUCUCACAAUCUUAGAGGCAAGGUUUCUCACAUUCAUAGAGAGACGACAAGGUUUCUUACAUUCAUAGACAAGGUUUCUCACAUUCCUGGAGAGACAAGGUUUCUUACAAUCCUAGAGAGACAAGGUUUCUCACAUUCCUAGAGAGACAAGGUUUCUUACAUUCAUAGAGAGACAAGGUUUCUUACAUUCAUAGAGAGACAAGGUUUCUUACAUUCAUAGAGAGACAAGGUUUCUCACAUUCCUAGAGAGACAAGGUUUCUUACAAUCCUAGAGAGACAAGGUUUCUUACAUUCCUUCUAUUAAUGAUAGUGGCUUU